UGUACCACAACUUUUCUUGGGGCUGCUGAGUGAGGAAGGAAAAGAGAGAGGGGGAAGUCUGGAGAGGUUCCCUGGCUCCCCUGGAACAAUAGGACUAGAAAACUGUGUGCCACCUUUCCUGAAGAAAAGGUCCCGCCUUUCCCUACUGAUUGAAUGGAACAGCUGAUACCCAUACACAAGUCUCCAUGGACGAUAUCACCUGGACGACGAGGUUUGACCCCACCUGUCCAGGUAGGGAACGAGUCUAAACGGGCAUAUCAUGUAUUGUCCACAAGGCUUUGAAAAGGCCAUCACAUAGAUGAGAACGACGUCCAGAAAGAUAUAGAGGCAAAUAAGCGAUGUCGAGACGAAAAGGCCAGGAUCAUAAACUGAAAUGAAAGGUGACAGACCAUCCACAAGAAGUACCAAGACCAAGAAGAGGGUGGUCUUUGCCACCUUGCCAUCCAAUAGAGACAAACAGGAAGUGUGUCCGGCCAUGAGCUUGCAAGUGAUUCGAUCGUGUCGUCGACCCCUUCCCAAAUUCCUCCUGAACCUCUUGUUCUGUUUGUUACUCGUGAGCACUUUGGUUUUGGUCUUGAUCAAUUCAGACUCGGAGCCGUACACGCCCAAGGAUUACAUGCGAUAUUCUCAAUGUGAUAUUAUCUUCUUAGAAGUGACCAUCAAACCAACAUUGUCCCCUCGACAGGCGUGUUCUGUGGAAUCUGCGGCUGUGGCCCAUCCCAAUGCCAGCAUAUGUUUGGCUAUGAGCAUGGUCGAUUAUAGUAACAUUGCCGUCUUAAAACCGACCAAAGAGCAAUUCCAAAAUUUAGAGAACGUAUUUGUGAUUCCUUUGAACUACGACAGCAUCUUCCGAUGGACGCCAUUGGAGCACUGGUGGCGAGAGGAGUUCCAAUUCACCACAUCAAUUUGGAGGACCAUCCAUUUGAGUGACGUGACGCGUUUGGCUUUCCUCUGGAAGUACGGUGGACUUUACCUUGACCUGGACGUCAUAGUCCUCCAACCUUUGCUGGACUUGUCAUCCAACUUCAUUGGUAUUCAGCACUUCUCUUCAGAGGAUGGCGUGAACACGGCUGUUAUGAGAUUUGAGAGGAAUCAUCCGUUUCUUUCCAAGUGGGUAUAUUCUGUCCCUUCCAAAUUCGACGAGAACGAUCGGAGCUCAAUUGGACCUCUAUUAGUCACAAAACUCAUUUUCCCUUAUUGUCAGGGUGACCUCCCCGACUCUAAGCGUCAGCUGAAAGAUUUGGCGGGAAAAUCGUGCGACUUUGAUUUGAGGAUCCUGCCACCGGGCGCUUUUUAUCCGAUUCCCUGGGCCGAAUGGAAGUCUCUAUUCAAAGGAGAUAGUUCCUCAUCACCAGCAGACUCCUUAUUUAAGUUAAACAGGUCUUUAACACUUCACACGUGGAACGAAUUUAGCUCAAGGCUGAAAUUGAAUCAGAUCCACGACCGCUCCGUGUUCAAGUCCCUGGCCAAAAAUAGGUGUCCAAGGGAAUACUACAGAAGCAUGGCAGCCCAUCCCACAGGACGACCCAUGAAUGCAGAACGUCUGAAAACCAUUCUCAAAUGGUCCCAACGGGCUGGACCAAAUAAUAACGUCUUAGCAACUUAACCCUUAAACCCUACCGUUUGCCGCUGUCAAUAUGUACCUGCUGCUGCGUUGCCCGACUGAUAACCAACCUUCUGUCCAAUAGUUCAAGCAAAAAUGAUACCUUGCAUACAGAUUUAUCUUAAUUCUUCAAGAUGAAGCUUUAUUUCAAUUUUAUACGGUACAUCCCUCAACGUUGUAAUCCCAAUCACAACCUCCCAGCUCUGGAUUGAAGAUCAAACCAUCUUGACAUUCCUAAAUUAGAU